GUCCCAGAUUCGAGUUCUGGCUUGUCCAAUUUUUUCCCAUUCCAUUUCUUUGAUGGGGUUGGUUGAAGGUUACAAAGUACGAAUAAAGCACAUCUGUCAAAGCGGUUUUUGUCUGACAGAAGUGUUGGCAAACGACCAAUGUCGUUAGUUAAUCCCUGCCUUUUUCCUUAAAAUUGGUUCCAUGCAUACGCUUUUGCUAUCGUAUAUUUUCAAACAUCCAGCUUGUUGAAAUCUCACUGGAUAAUAUACUAACGAGAAAAGUACGUUUUCGUUACUUAAAUGUAAUUUUGUUCAAAGAGAAAACGCAUUUGAAAGCUCGUUUCAUUAGAACACGACAUAACCAGAAUGAAAAAUUGCCAGUCCUUUUCAUGAAAGAGCCCCUUUCAAUGAACGGCACGAAAACCCCUCCGUUUUUGUGCACCACCACAUCAACGCAUUCGUCAAGCAGUAUUCCCAAAAAUUGAAUUCAUAAAGAACAUUUUCACAUAAGAAAAAUACAAAUAGACAAUGAUCAAUUUGCUUUCUUCUCCUCGUUCCCUCUCGCUUCUUUUAAGAUAAACAAAUACCUUGUUUCUUUAAAAGGAACAUGUUACCUAAAUUGACAUUAUAGAUGCAAUGUCUAAUAUUUAUAGCUAAACGUGUCAUUAACAAACCACGACGGCACUUUAUAAAAUAAUCAAUAUUUUUAAUUAGCGGAAGCUUUCUUUCACAUAUAGGCUGUUAUUUUGUAUUCUUGAUAAGCAGUUUGCUCAGAAUUGGCCUUGUUGAAUUAGCUUUUUAAAGUGAAACCUUCGUUUAAUAUUUCAUAUAAUCUAAAGUACCUUGAACCUGAAUAUUGAAAAUGCCGUUGUUUGAUACAUCUUUAUUUCGUUUUCGAUUGUCAUCCCUCCAUCUUUCUUCAAGAACCUUAGGGGUUUACUUUGCUGGUGUCAUGUUUGCGUCUGCUGUUUGGGUUUUUGUUGAUACAGCACUUUAUAGCGCUUUCAAUUAUGGCAGCACGUUACAUAUUACCUUUAUCGACUGGAUCCCGUUUUUAUGCUCUGUCCUUGGCAUGAUUAUUGUGAAUUCAAUUGACAAGUCUCGCCUUAGUGGUGAUUCCUUUGCAUAUACCGACGAAAGCCUAGCUAGAAAAGCUCGGUUCAUUCUCUUUAUUGGGUUUGCUUUACUCGCAGGUGGAUUGGGUGGAAGCUUUACGGUAUUCAUUCUCAAGUAUGUCGUUCCUGGUUAUUCUCUUACGAUGGGUAUUGCCAACGUUAUCUGCAAUGUUCUCUUUAUGAUUAGUGCAACUACUCUUUGGAUUACUGGCAAUAUGAAUGAUGACUAUCAUUACAAUUUACAGCUUUAAUAAUUCUGUUUCUGUUUACUUUCAUAAUCUCCUUGCUGUUUAAUUAGGAUGACACAUAAUUUCAAUGAUCUCUUUCCUUAAAUUCUCAAUGCUUAGACACUGUUGGAUUUCAAGUACUCGUUGGAAUCUUUCAUGUCGCUUUGGCAAUGUAUAUAUAUUAUUUGUGAAUGAAUCAAAAUUUGAUUGUUUCCUCAUUAUCCUUUUCUAUUCCUUGAACUUUGAGGUAUUGCAUGUACAACCCUUUUUGAAAUCUGAAAUUGGAUGAAAGAAUUCCUAUUUAUGGAUCAGCAUACACUUUGAGACUUUAUAAUCAGAUAUUUUUUCAUAACUCCACUCCUGAUAGUAAUGUUUAU